AUGUCUAUCAGAAAAAAGGACAUUUGGAGGCUAUACGGUCACACUGACUUGGAUAAAUCUUCGGAGUAUCUCAGAUAGAGUGAGAGAAGAUUACCGGUUACAGUUGGUUCUAGCGCUGAUGGGGUAAGAGAUCCUAACACGGCAAGCACCAGGGAGACGAGCAGCACGGCGUGGGUUAAGUCUAGAACCCAAGGCUCUAGCUGCUCCCUGGAUGCAGCGGCAGGCUUGCUGGCGGUCACGGGUGGUCCGGGCCGCGCUGUUGAGCCUUCGAACGCCAAAACAACAUCCUCGAGGAAUGGCACCGCCUCUGGUCAGCCUAAAUGGAACGAUGCACUCUUAGAGAUGUUCAGGAUCGAUUACAUCGGGACAUCACCAUACAUCACAUGCUCUCCAUCACUAUGCCAUCACAAGCUAACGGCACGUGACAAAUUCCUAAUCCUCUCUUCGGAUGGAUUGUAUGAAUAUUUCUCUAACCAAGAAGCCAUUUUCGAGGUUGAAUCUUUCAUCUCUACUUUUCCUGAAGGCGAUCCAGCUCAGCAUUUAAUCCAAGAAGUGCUCCUACGUGCUGCCAACAAAUUUGGUAUGGACUUUCAUGAGCUGUUGGAGAUACCUCAAGGAGAUCGUCGGAGGUAUCAUGAUGACAUCUCUGUGAUAGUGAUCUCACUUGAAGGAAGAAUAUGGAGAUCCUCGAUGUGA